AUUUAGCUGCUGUCACAGCCGCUCUUUUAGUCAUGGCUACCCAUUCGACAGAAGAGCCGUUCCCCUUUCACGGGCUGCUUCCCAAAAAGGAGACAGGCGCCGCCAACUACCUAAGCCGGUUUCCUGAGUGUGAUGGCCGAGGGGUUCUCAUUGCGAUUAUGGACACGGGCGUCGACCCAGGGGCGCCCGGCAUGCAGGUGACAACUGAUGGGAAACCAAAGAUUGUUGAUAUCAUUGAUACAACAGGCAGUGGUGACGUGAACAUGUCCACAGUGGUGGAACCGAAAGAAGGGACAAUAACUGGCCUCUCUGGUAGAAUAUUGAAGAUCCCUCCUGCUUGGGUCAACCCAUCAGGGAAGUAUCACAUUGGAGUUAAAAAUGGCUAUGAGUUCUUCCCUAAGGCCCUUAAAGAAAGAAUACAGAAAGAGAGAAAGGAGAAAAUGUGGGACCCAGCACAUAGAGCAGCAUUAGCUGAAUGCUGUCGCAGGACAGAGGAGUUUGAUCUCUCACACCCAACUCCAUCACAGGCAGAAAAGUUAGAGAAGGAAGAGUUGCAAAGUCAAUCAGAGCUGCUGGUUUCUUUAGAAAAAAAAUACAGUGAUCCUGGCCCUGUAUAUGACUGUGUUCUUUGGCAUGAUGGUGUCACCUGGAGGGCUGUAAUGGACACCUCUGAGUGUGGUGAAUUGUCACAGUGCAUUGUCCUGAGCUCCUACAGAGAGUCACAAGAGUAUGCAACUUUAGGAAAUGCUGAAAUGCUGAACUACUCCGUCAAUAUUUAUGAUGAGGGAACCACACUCUGCAUUGUCACUAGUGGAGGAGCUCAUGGGACACAUGUUGCAAGCAUCGCAGCAGGGUACUUUCCAGAAGAACCAGAGCGUAAUGGGGUAGCACCUGGCGCUCAAAUCUUAGCUCUGAAGAUUGGAGACACCCGACUCAGUACAAUGGAAACUGGCACAGGACUUAUUCGAGCGAUGAUUGAAGUGAUCAACUACAAGUGUGACCUGGUUAACUACAGUUAUGGGGAAGCCACCCACUGGCCCAAUUCAGGGAGGAUUUGUGAGGUUAUCACAGAGGCUGUCCAAAAGCACAAUGUCAUAUUUGUUUCAAGUGCAGGUAACAAUGGCCCCUGCCUCUCCACAGUUGGGUGUCCUGGAGGAACCACCAGCAGUGUCAUUGGGGUUGGAGCCUAUGUGACCCCAGACAUGAUGGUGGCUGAGUAUUCCCUGAGGGAGAAGCUGCCCCCCAAUCAGUACACCUGGUCCUCCAGGGGCCCCAGUACAGAUGGAGCACUGGGGGUCAGCAUAAGUGCCCCUGGUGGGGCUAUUGCAUCUGUCCCCAACUGGACACUGCGUGGUACCCAGCUGAUGAAUGGCACAUCUAUGUCAUCCCCCAAUGCCUGUGGAGGCAUUGCUCUCAUCCUCUCUGGAUUAAAGCAGCAAGGGAUACACACCUCUGUUCCUGGAGUGAGGCGAGCACUGGAAAACACAUCGCUGAAGGUUGAUGACAUUGAGGUGUUUGCACAGGGCCAUGGAAUCAUUCAGGUGGACAGGGCAUUAGACUACCUCAUACAAAACGCCUCCUUACCCACCAGGUAUCUGGGUUUCUCAGUCACUGUGGGUACACAGAGGGGCAUCUACCUCAGGGAACCAGCGCAACUUUUGUCCCCCUCAGACCACGGAGUAGGAAUAGAACCGAUCUUCCCAGAAAACACAGAAAACACUGAGCGGAUAUCAUUGCAGCUACAUUUGGCCCUCACAUGUGCAGCACCAUGGGUUCAGUGCCCAGCUCAUUUAGAGCUGAUGAACCAAUGUCGUCAUGUCAAUGUCCGUGUAGAUCCAUUGGGCCUGCGGGAAGGCGUCCACUACACGGAGGUAUGUGGCUAUGACACAGCGGCGCCUGGUUGUGGGCCACUGUUUAGAGUCCCCAUCACAGUUAUUAUUCCCACCAAGGUAAAUGAGAGUCGAAACUACGAGCUGUGCUUCAAAGAUGUUCACUUCAGACCAGGACAGAUAAAACGCCACUUUAUCACUGUGCCUCAGGGAGCCUCCUGGGCAGAGAUCACGCUGACUUCUCAUUCUGGAGAUGUGUCCUCAAAGUUCGUUUUGCAUGCGGUGCACCUCGUCAAACAGAAAGCGUACCGAGCAAAUGAAUUCUACAAGUUCUCGUCACUCUUGGAAAAAGGCUCAUUAACUGAGGCCUUCUCUGUGCUGUCAGGCAAGGUUGUUGAACUGUGCAUUGCACGUUGGUGGGCAAGUCUGGGAGAUGUCACAGUGGACUACAACAUCUCAUUUCACGGGCUCCAUGUUUCUCCUUCACCACUGCACAUUCAUGCGUCAGAGGGUGUUACAAAUUUUGAUGUGUCAUCGCCGUUGAGGUAUGAGGAAGUGUCUCCGACUAUCACCCUCAAGUCUUGGGUUCAGCCUCUCAGGCCCAUAAAUUCAAAGAUAAAGCCAUUGGGACGGAGGGAUGUUCUGCCUAACAACAGACAACUUUACGAGAUAAUUCUCACCUACAGUUUUCACCAGCCAAAGAGUGGUGAGGUCACCCCCAGCUGCCCAUUGCUGUGUGAACUGCUAUAUGAGUCUGAGUUUGACAGUCAGCUGUGGAUGCUAUUUGAUCAAAACAAAAGACUACUAGGGUCAGGGGAUGCCUAUCCACAUCAGUAUUCUCUCAAGUUGGAAAAGGGCGACUACACAGUGCGCCUGCAGGUGCGCCAUGAGUUGUCCAGUGAGCUAGAGCGCCUUAAAGACCUGCCGUUUGUUGUCUCCCAUCGUCUAUCUGCCACCCUCAGCCCCGAUGUCUACGAGACACACCGCGUGGCGCUCAUGGCCAAGAAGAAAGCAAAUUCUGUCACUUUGUCACCAGGGUCCUCACAAAAUUUCUAUGUCACAGCCUUGCCAGAUGACAAGAUUCCCAAAGGUACAAGUCCAGGAUGCUAUCUUUCAGGGUCUCUUGUUGUGGCGAAGAGUGAAUAUGGCAAGAAAGCAGGGCAGUCCUCUGCAAAACGACAAAGAAAGUUUAAAAAGGAUAUUGUUUCAGUCAUCUACCACUUAAUCCCCACACCCAACAAAACAAAGAAUGGAGGGAAGGAGAAAGAUAAGGAUGCUGACAAAGAAAAAGACCUCAAAGAGGAGUUUGCUGAAGCGAUGAGAGAUUUGAAAAUUCAGUGGAUGACAAAGUUGGAUUCCUGCUCACUCUAUGAUGAGCUGAGGGAAAAGUACUCUGAUUAUCUUCCACUGCAUGUUCAAAGAUUACAUCAGUUGGACUCUGAAAAGGAGCGUGCGAAACGUCUUGGAGACGUGGUCUCAGCAGCUGACAUGGUCAUCUCCCACAUUGACCAGACAGGACUGGCUGUUUACUUCACCAUGAAGACGGACCCUCGACCUGAUGCUGCUUCAAUUAAGACUGAUAUGGAGAAGCAGAGGUCAUCCCUGCUGGAUGCGCUGUGCAGGAAGGGCUGCGCUCUGGCCGACCAGCUCGUGACCGUCGCACCUCAGGAUAGCGCCGGCGCUGUUGCCACUGCCCAAGCCAACACCGAGGAAGUUGGUGAAAAGGAGGCGAGUAGUUCUGACGAUGCACCGCAGAGCUUAGCCAACAGUCUUACGGAAACCUUCUGGGAGGUCCAGAAGUGGGCAGAGCUGACAGACUCGAAGGUGCUGAUGUUUUCCUACAAACACGCCCUUGUGAACAAAAUGUAUGGCAGAGCCUUAAAAUAUGCUUCCAAGAUGGUAGAGGAGAAGCCAAGCAAAGAGAACAUGAAGAAUUGCAUCCAACUCAUGCGGCACCUCAAAUGGAUGCACUGUGCCACCUUUACUGAAAACUGGCUUCCGGUUAUGUACCCUGCAGACUACAGUCCCUUCUAGAAUCCACACACACACUGAAGCAUCAGUUUUACCCCCUCAGGGUCAGAUGAAGAAAGGACUUUGCUUAUUUCCCCCCGGGAAGAGCAGUGUGGAGCUACCUUUCUUUUUUCUUUCCCAAGAGCACUCAUUGAACAUCUUGUCUUUUGAUUCAAGUGCCACCAGCAGCACAGACACAUAAUUCAAUUGACCUUUUUUUACUUUUUUGUGGCCGAUCCUGUAGUUUAGUCUUUCUUGGGUUUUUCUUACGACUGGUUUCAUCUUCACCUAUGUGCUUAUAGACAGCAGUUUACAGUUUUCAUCAAAUUUAUCUCCAAUUUUCAAUAUUCAAAGGACACCAGGGAAUUUCCCCACAUCUUUGUGCCAUGCUUAGCUUGAAAAGUUCUCUUUUCAACUUUUAGGAUCUGACUUUUACUGAAAUAAAACAGACCUCAGAACUGAAGCAGUAAUGUGGUGCCUUGCAUCCCUGUACCUUUACAGAGGCGGGGGUGAAAGAUGUUGUUGAACUGGAGCUGGCUGAUGGAUUUUAUUUUCAUUAAUUUAUUUUUUUUGCAUCAGUCAACACUCACUUCAGCAUCGAGCACCUCGGCCUCACCGCGCAUGACCACCUAACGGACCUCAGCCGUGGCAUGUUACCAACUUAGCUGGUACACGUUCACUCGCUAUUAGAUGUUUUCUGUGCAGCAUUCCAAAUGUUGCGUUUGUACACAGAAAUCUUUAUAUGUAAAUACACGCAUUACAAAGCAUAGUACGAUGCAAUAAGUAUAUACUGUAAUACUAAUAUUCCCAUUGGUGUAUUUUGCAUAUGCAUGUCUUGUAGGAAACAUGAUUUUGUUUGGUAGGUCAUUUUAGUUUCAAUACUUUUUAUUAAAUAGUCUAGCAUUUAUCAUAAGUGUUGUGUGCAAUUGAAUGGCUUUACUUUUUGGGCAAGAUUUUUUUUUUUUUUUUGUAUGAGAAAACAUCAACCUAGUUGAAGGAUAAAGUGAGUAAUUUGCUUGAAAGAGUCCAUUUUUGUUCUUGCAUGUUAAAGUAUUUUACCUCAACUUUAUUUUAUGAAUCAAAGCUGCCCAUUUUGCCGGUGAUGCAGCCAUUGUUUGACCUUUGGAUGUAUUUUGCUCAUCAAUUUUCCAUCCAUUUCUUUAAAAUUUGUGAUAUUGACUGCGUCUUGGGGGUUAUAUUUGUUUAGAGAGCAUAGACCUACAUAGCUGAGUGUGAAAGUUCUGUUGUUUAUGCAUUUCAACUUCAGAUUGCAAUGUCAAAAACCGGGGAAAAUGGGUCUGACAAUGUAAGUGUGGCGGAUGUCCGGGUUAAUGGCCAGUUAUGUUGUUUAAUGUUCAGCAUUGCACUGCUGUCGCCCUUUUAAAAUAUCAAUAUUUAAUACAGUGAAAAUUAGUAA